AUGGUCGGCCUCCCGUCUCAUGUUGCCAAGGUGCUGCCCAAGCAUUUCUCGCUAUAUUACGGAGGAGCAUGGCAUGAGCCGGAGACGCCGGAAGCAUACCUCGACACCUACAACCCAGGGACCGGCGAGGUAAUCACUCGAGUGGCUCAGGCCACAGCUGCUGACGCCGAAGCUGCCAUAAAGGCCGCCCACGCCGCCUUCCCGGCAUGGCGAGACGUCCACCCAGCGACAAGAGCGGAGUUGUUGCGCAAGGCAGCUUCCAUUGUCCGCUCGCAUGCUAAGGAACUGGCCAUGCUAGACGCCGCCAACACGGGCAACCCGGUGAAUAUGAUGGUCCCAGAUGCCUUGACGGCCGCCAACGCCUUGGACUAUUUUGCCGGUCUGAUCCCGAUGGUCAAGGGCGAGACUAUCCCCCAGGCGUCGGACGCCUUCCACUACACGUUGCGUGAGCCGCGGGGAGUGGUGGUGAGACUGGUAGCCUAUAACCACCCGGCCAUGUUCACGGCCCAGAAGCUGGCUGCCCCCCUGGCUGCGGGGAACACCGUCAUCAUGAAGCCUCCGGUGCAGGCGCCCUUGUCGGCCUUGUACCUGGCAGAGAUUCUCGAAGGUGUAUUCCCGCCCGGCGUUCUCUCGUUCCUCCCGGGUGGGUUAGAUGCAAGCGUCACGCUCUCGACGCACCCGUUGGUCAGUAUGGUCACGCUGAUCGGCAGCGUCGCCACCGGCAAAGCCGUAUACAAGGGCGCGGCCGACACGUUGAAGCCCGUGAUCUUCGAGCUGGGCGGGAAAAAUGCGUUCGUGGCCUAUCCAGACGCCGAUAUCGACAAGCUCGUCGAGGGCGUCACAAAGGGCAUGAACUUCUCCUGGGCCGGCCAGUCGUGCGGCUCGACGUCGCGUGUGUUCCUGCACGAGUCCAUCCAUGACGAGGUCCUAGCCCGAGUGGCGGCCCAAGUCAAGAAGCAAUUCGUGCCGGGUGACCCGUUAGACGACAAGACCACCAUGGGCCCCGUGAUUUCGCGCGUCGCUCUGGAUCGGGUCAAGGGCUUCUGUGAGGAUGCCCUGGCCGAAGGCGCCCGGCUGGUCACAGGAGGAAAACAACCCACCCAUCUGACGGGCUUUUUCUUCGAGCCGACCAUCUUCGCCGAUCUCAAGCCACACAUGCGGCUGGCCAGGGAAGAGGUGUUUGGCCCCAUUAUGGGCGUCUUCAAGUGGAAGGACGAGGACGAGCUCUUCAAGGUUGUCAACGACACCGACUACGGCUUGACCGCCUGCGUCUUCACCCAGAACCUAGCCACUGCGCACAGGGCCGUCAAGAAGUUUGAGGUCGGCUACGUCUGGGUGAACCGCGUGGCGUUGCAUUAUGUCAAUGUGCCAUUUGGGGGAUACAAGCAAUCGGGAUUGGGAAGAGAGGAGUGUCUGGACGAGCUGCUCGCCUUUACACAGAUCAAGUCGGUCAACAUGUCUAUUGACUAG